UUUGUUGUUCCCGUUUCUACUUAUAAGUUCCGGUUUCUGAUAACGUGAUGUGAUAACAUAAACAUAACCUAUCAACAACUCUCAAGCUCUCAACCUCUGUUUUCUGUUUUGACUUUUGAAUUCUUGAAAGAUUUUAUUUUAUUAUUCCUUGAUUUUUAUAUCUAAUUGUUUGUAAUGAUAAUGAAAAUUGGACAUAAUUCCUUAAUUAUCAAUAUUGAUUUCAUUAAUUUGUUGCUUGUUAUGUAACUAUCGAUUUCAGACCAGGGAAGACAAGUUUUAAAAAUUUCCACCAAAGUAAUUUAGAGUUGAAAGUGGACAAAAAUAAUAUUAUUAGGCAAGAAUUAUUUCUCUUUUAAACUUUUGUUAAAUCUACUAAUUUAGUGCUUAACAAGUUUUUGUAAGGUUGAUUUUAGCUCCUAUUGUUUUAGUGUGGGUUUAGAAUCAAAAAUGAAAUCUAUUUUGAUCACUGGUUGUAACAGGGGUAUCGGUUUAGGAUUUGUACAGCAUUUACUUAAAUCCGCAAAUACAGCAACAUCAAAUAUAUUUGCAACAUGUCGAAAUCCUCAACAAGCAAAAGAAUUAACAGAUCUAGCACAGAAACACGGCAAUCUCAAGAUACUUCAGCUUGAUGUGAAAGACUUUGACAGCUACAAGGAUGUUGUAAAGCAAGUGCAAGAUGUGGUUGGGGAUGCUGGUCUCAAUUUGUUGGUCAACAACGCCGGAGUUUCAUCGAAAUUCACCAGAGUCAAUUUGGUUAAAGCCGACCAGAUGACUGACAAUUUUCUAGUCAAUAGUGUUGCUCCACUCAUGCUUACAAAGGCUUCUCUAAAUGCCAUCACACGGUCGUUGAGCUUUGAUUUGAAAGAAGAUAAGGUACUUGUUGUGAGCAUUCACCCAGGCUGGAUCAAGACGGACAUGGGCGGCAAGCAAGCGCCUUUGGAAAUCGACCAAGCUGUUCCUCAAAUCAUACAGCUAUUCAACACCAUGUCACAAUCGCACAAUGGUGGAUUUUAUCAGUACGAUGGAAAACAGUUGCCUUGGUAGUUUUACAUAGAUUUAUAGAUGUGUAUUAUGUGUCAAAUAUUUUGUAAAUAUUUCCGUCAAAAUAUACAGUUUUUGUUUCGUCUUUUUCUCUUUAGGGCUACUUUAGUGAUUACUAACUUGUUGUGAUUGAAUAAUUUUAGAAAUGGUA